UGUGUAAAGAUCAAAGUGGGGUUCUGAUUGAUGUUCGAACACUUAACACACACACACACACACACACACACACAUCUCUGUCUUCCAUAUGGGAGGGAAAGCUAUAGGGGAUAGCUGCCCUAAUCACAUCUCAAGUGCAUAUCACUGAGUUUGAGUUUGGAGUAAAUCAGAGAGGAAUUAACAACAAGAGCACUAACUGGAGCUCCAAGGCCAUGUAUCUGCAUGAGGAGAGGCUGCUGUGUGGUGACUACCCACUCAACUCUCAGCCCAGGAACUAUGGCAAUUGUCCACCAGAUUGGAAAGAUGCGGUUGUGCGGGGCCAGUCUUGGAACAGCGGCGUUAAAGUCGGGUGUGAACCCGAGCUUUCAGCUCUUCAAGUCCGGGUGUCGCUCCAGGGUCGCGAGCUAUGGAAACAAUUUGGCGAUAUAGGAACUGAGAUGCUCAUCACCAAAACAGGAAGGCGUAUGUUUCCGAGCUGCAGAGUCACCGUGACAGGGUUGAAUCCUCAGGCAAAGUAUGUGUUGAUGAUGGACAUGGUCUCGUUUGAUGACGACAAAUACAAGUGGAGCAGGGAUCGCUGGGAAGUGAGUGGUAUGACCGAGCCCCAUCUUCCCAACCGCUUCUUCAUCCACCCAGACUCUCCCUCCCUGGGGGAGAGGUGGAUGCAAUACCCCGUCUCCUUCCACAAGCUCAAACUCACCAACAACACCCUCAACUCCAAUGGCCUGGUGGUUCUUCACUCCAUGCAUAAGUACCAGCCCCGUCUGCACAUCGUCCAGUCUCCAGACCCCUACAACCCUCUGUCAGGAGGCUACCUGUGCUUCACCUUCCCCGAGGCAGCAUUCAUAGCUGUCACUGCCUAUCAGAACUCAGAGAUAACAAAGCUCAAGAUAGACAACAACCCCUUUGCAAAAGGAUUUCGUGACAAUGGGCUGAACAGAAAAAGGUUCAGAGAAAAGGAAGGUCAGAGCUCCGAAAAACUAAAUGAAAGACAACUCCAGAUGGAAUUGAAAUCUUCAAAUGGUAUAGUCACAUACAGAGUAGGAUCCAGACCAGUGGAGUCAGAUGAUGAGGCUGAUGUCAUCGUCUCAAGCUGUAGCUCAGGGAAUUCCUAUGGUGCAGCAGGAUCCAGGACUGAUGACAUCACGUCUCUCCCUGCUGCACCUAACCCCUUAAUCUCUGCCUUCAUGAACUGGGGGGGCUGCGGCUGCAGCCCUGCCCUGUGGCCAGGAGGGAUGGGGGGGUCCUGGACCCAAUGACCCACAACACCCACACAUACAACACACUUACUACCAGGGACUAUGGCAGCCCUGGGCAGCAUAACGAAGCCAGGCAUACUGGUUUAUCAAACGUUGCUUCUCCUCUCUUCCUACCAUACCCUCCACUGGGCCAGACUCACCACCUAGGGUCUGUUGGCUUCAGGAGGCCCCAGGCGCAGAGCACGAAACCAGUGGGGCCUCACCCACCUCACCACCAAAGAGGUCCAAGUGGUCCAGCACCAGAACUCUCCCACAGCCACACAUCAGACCACCAGCCCCAGCAGCAGCCAGAGACCCAUCAGGCUGAGUUUGACUACCCUCUCCCCCUGCCCCCAAAGGUCAGCAGGAUGCACCUACCUGAGAGUGCCCUGCGUAGCCUGGAGAUGAGCCCCUCCCCCUCGGUGUCCGGCAGCCCUUGGUCCCUCAACGACAUGCUCAACAGGAUCCACAGCAGUGAAGGGUCUGGGAUCAACUCAGUAAGCCCCCAGGGGAAGCAGCUCCAGGCCCAGGCCCAGUAUGAGAGGCCAGGCCUCGAGCUGGGGGUGAACAGGGAGCUCUGGCCACCACAGCCCAAUCCACCACUACCUGAUCAUGAGCCAGAGUACCUGCCUCUCCACAACAUGAUGCGCUACCACCAGAACAGCUUGAUUGGCUCUGCUGGGCUGCUAAGAGACAGCCAUGUGGACCCUAGAGUGCCCUCCUGUAAGGCACCUAUGCUCGACUUAUAAGUGAUCUCUUGUUCAGUAAACACAACAGGUCAGGUAGACAUGAACAUUUUUCCCCACCACUUGUGGACAUUGAGCACCAUCUCUGGGUAGACUUGAGGCAAAUGAAUAUGCAAUAUUGAGUCAUGUAUAGUUCAUUUCUCUUUGCUAUGUUAGACGUUGCAAAACAAAUCCAUAUUUUUCAGUUGUAGAAUAGGGAAGUGGUUUGCUAGAAUAAGGAACUGGGGACUCUUUUGCCCUGACAUUAGAUUUUUAUCAUUUGUAAGGGGAGCUAACAACUAUGCAAUAGAUUUGCAUCAUGUCUUAACCGUCAACAUGUUUCCCCACUUUCUUGGGACAUUGUAAUUACCAGUAAAUAAUGAGUGAGAUUAUAUGUGAGAUGUGUAUGCAGAAGAGCAGUGCACACAAAAUGAUGUUUUUUUUGUUUUGAUGUUAAGGCUGAUAACAUUAGCCAUAUCCAUACUGUAUGUAUCGUUGUCAUGCUAGAAAAGUUGGCUACAGCACAUACAGCAUAGGAGUUAUGGGAUGAGGAUAAUGUAACAGGCCGCUGAUAACUGAUUCUCUGAAAGAAUACUGAGGAAACUGUAUGAGGUGGCAGAACAUUUAUUACAGGGAAGUGAAUAAUAUUUUGCAACAGUAAGAUUGGAGGAUAUGAGGGUCACAUGCUGAAAUAUCCAUUUGGGACCAGUUUUCCAGUAUUAUGUAAUGUAACAAUCUAUAUAAAUCCAAAAUAGACAAAUUCACAUAAACACAUUUAUUAAGUCUGAAUAGAUAUUGUAUAUUUCAAUAAUGUGCAAUCUUUUUAUAUAUAUAUAUAUAGUGCAUUCGGAAAGUAUUCAGACCCGGUUAUACAUUUGUGCAAAUUUAUAACAAAAAAACUGAAAUAUCACAUUUACUUAAGCAUUCAGACCCUUUACUCAGUACUUUGUUGAAGCACCUUUGGCAGCAAUUACAGCCUCGAGUCGUCUUGGGUAGGACGCUACAAGCUUGGCACACCUGUAUUUGGGGAGUUUCUCCCAUUCUUCUCUGCAGAUCCUCUCAAGCUCUGUCAGGUUGAAUGGGGAGCGUCGCUGCACAUCUAUUUUCAGAUCUCUCCAGAUAUUUUCGAUCGCGUUCAAGUCUGAGCUCUGGCUGGGCCACUCAAGGACAUUCAGAGACUAGUCCUGAAGCCACUCCUGCGUUGUCUUGGCUGUGGGCUUAGGGUCAUUGUCCUGUUGGAAGGUGAACCUGAGGUCUGAGGUCCUGAGCACUCUGGAGCAGGUUUUCAUCAAGGAUCUCUUUGUACUUUGCUCUGUUCUUUUUCCCCCUCGACCCUAACUAGUCUCCCGGUUUCUGCCGCUGAAAAACAUCCCAACAGCAUGAUGCUGCCACCACCACCACCAUGCUUCACCGUAGGGAUGGUGCCAGGUUUCCUCCAGACUUGAUGCUUGUCAUUCAGAACAAAGAGUUCAAUCUUGGUUUCAUCAGACCAGAGAAUCUUGUUUCUCAUGGUCUGAGAGUCCUUUAGCUGCCUUUUGGCAAACUCCAAGCGGGAUGUCAUGUGCCUUUUACUGAGGAGUGGCUUCCGUCUGGACACUACCAUAAAGGCUUGAUUGGUGGAGCGCUGCAGAGAUGGUUGUCCUUCUGGAAGGAAAAGUCAAAUGUGGAAAAAGUCAAGGAGUUUGAAUACUUUCCGAAUGCACUGUAUAUACUCUAUAGAUAAAGCUAACAGUUAAAGGCAUACAAUGUUUGGUCUUCAACUACAUUCUAGAUUCGAAAGGUAGUUUUACCUGAACUGAAAGCUGCUUCUACUCCGCUGAAAUCAAAUUACACUAUCCAUAAUACAUGCUAUUUCUUUAAAUAACAUUGGCACAAAAAAGAGGGGCCAAAAAAAUAACAGUUUAAAAUCCAAUGGGUGUUUUUCAGCUGAACAAAAACACAUUUUGACCAGGGAAAGACUUCAGUAUGUUUAGAUAGAAUAUUACCCCACAACAUUAGGGGCGUAGAAAGAAAUUAGUUGGUGGAUGGGCCUGCAGAAAUAUGGAUGGGGCAUAUUGUAUCAUUUCUGUUUUGUUUUUGGGCCUGGCUCUCCAGUGGGUGGGCCUGUGUCCACCCAUGCCUACGGCCCUGUUCAAGAUUUCCAACUUUAUACAAUUCAAACCAGCCAUUUCAUCAAACAGAAUACAGGUUGCAUUCUGGUUUCCAGUACUGUAUCACACAAUUUAUCACUUAAAAAUGUUACGGUCUGGUCUAAUAUGUAAAUCUUACAGAGAUUAUGAUAAAAGCACAAUAAAAUAAAUACAGUAUUUCCAAAGAAACACUUUUGGUGAUCAGUAGGGAUUAGAUUCUCCCCCAGACCAGCGAUAUACCGCCGUUGGCACUGGCAGCAGGUUAACAUUACUGUAAAAUAAAAUGCAUUUGCCUGACUA